AUGUCCAAGGAAUUCACCUACCAAGAUGUUGCCGAGUACAACACCAAGAAGGACAUCCACGUCGUGAUUCACGACAAGGUCUACGACUGCGCUCAGUUCGUCGACGAGCACCCCGGUGGUGAGGAGGUCAUGCUGGAUGUCGCUGGCCAGGACGCCACCGAGGCUUUCGAGGAUGUCGGCCACAGCGACGAGGCCCGGGAAACCCUCGACCGGCUGCUUGUCGGCGUCCUGAAGCGCCAGCCCGGUGACCCUGCCCCCAAGGCCGCCCCUGCCGCUUCCACCUCCACCUCGAGCAAGUCCGACAGCACUGGCCUCGGCAUUGGCCUCUACGCCAUCCUCCUCAUCGGCGGUGUCAUCGGCUACGGCGCCUUCCAGUACCUGGCGAAGCAGCAGGAGGUUCAGCAGACUGCCUAG